UAUAUAUAUAUAUAACCACUAUCAUGCUUAGGAGACAAAAUAAAAGUAACAAAUAAUGGAGAGAAAAAUGCUUUUUAAAGAAGCAGUGGUGCAGAUUGAGGCGGCGCCAUGUGUGAUAAGAACGACUAUGUUUACAGAUCCAUGCAUUAGUGAAUAUGACAGUAUUUCUUGUUACCAUACGUGCAAAAUAAAUAAAUAUUUAUUGGGUGGUACAUGCAAAAAAGGAUAUAUACAAAAUAAAAAGUUGGUGACAAUGAAGAGGAAAAUACUUUUUGGCAUGCACUUUUUUCUCAUUAUUCUCUUAGUUGCUCAAGAAGCAAUGGUGCAGAUUGAGGCAUGUGAAAUCAUCUGUCUUAUGUUCCCUGGUGAAUGCAAAGGUUUUGGUGACAAUGAAAUAUGUAACAAUGUUUGCAAGAUAAAUGAAUUUUUAUUUGGUGGUUACUGCAUAAGUGGAAAAUGCAUUUGUUAUGCCAAAGUAUAUUGAACGUAACGUCUUCACUAUGAUUUUUUUUUUUUAAGAUAAAAAUAUUUCGUCGCAUCAGAGAUUCAAAAUCUCGCGAGAAAACCUCAUGUACUUAGCAGGCACAUGCCUUAACCACUCGGCGAAAGCAACUUGUUUAGUUAUAUUCUAUAUAAUUAGAGAUAAAUAAAUCUAGCUAUUUAGUGAAAAAAAGAAAGAAAAAAAAAACCUAGCUAUAAUUUUGUUCAUGUA